GGGCAAACUAUUACAAUUUUAUGCCGUAUUUAAGACGAGAGAUAAUGAAAGUACAAGUAAAGCGCCAAUAAUCGCAGGAAAAGCGGCCACUAAAAGGUGUUGAUUUCGCAGCAUUGAACACACAACUUACUAAAAGUUAGUUGGGUUGAUUUAAUUUAAAUUACAAAAGCCGGCGGCGUUUUGCGGGCUGCAAGAGUUGUGAGUGAGAUCCUCGUUGGCCAUGUCCAAAAGCUCUGGACGAGACCGGGAGCGAGAGCGGGAGCGCGACAGGGACAGGGAACGGGAACGUGACAAGCACUAUGAGAGUCGCAGCGCACGCGGAGACUACGACAAUGGCAAGUCGUCCCGCAAUGGCGCCAGUCUGAGCAGCAGUUCGCGCAGCGGCCGUGACGAGCGUAAGCGCGCCAAGGAGCCAUCCAAGGACAAUGACAGGGGAUUGGGCUCCCGACGUGAUGAGAAGCGACGCAAACGUUCUCGAUCAAAGGACUAUGAUAAAGACAAACGUCAAAUGGACCGUGAACGGGAUAAGGACAAGGACAAGGAGCGGGACCGGGACCGCGAAAGGGAGAGGGAGCGAGAACGGGAAAGGGAUAGAGAUCGUGACCGACAGCGGGAGCGUGAUAAGGAACGUGAACGGGAACGUGAUAAGGAACGUGAGCGAGAUAAGGAACGGGAGCGCGAGCAGCGAGAGCGUCAGCGGGAAUUGGAAACGCGCCGGCAAGCUCCCGCUGCCCCGCUGGUAAUACCCGUGGGCUCUUCCAGUAGCUCAUCGGACGAGGAGGAGGAAAUUGACAAGGAGGAGCAGCAGCGUCGCCUCGAGCAGGAGAUGAUUAAGCGCCGUGAGCGUAUUGAGCGUUGGCGUGCCGAGCGCAAGCAACGCGAACAAGAGGCUGGCAAAAGAGAAUCGAAGGCAGCAUUGGCGCCGACGGUGACCAAAUCGGCCAAGAAAUGGAGCCUGGAAGACGAAUCCGAGGAGGAUGACAGCAAUCCCGCGUCAAUCAUCGAUGUGGAAACCGGCAAAAAGGAACCUGAUUCACCGCCAUCCAAAUUUCACAGCAUUCGCAAACGUUUCGAUGACGAUGUUGUUGAAUCCAAGUUUGCGCCCCUGAAACGCCCCACCUUUAGUAAGGUAUUGGGCAUGGUUCUGGGAACACCCGUUGCAGCUGCAAUAACAACCACAACAACAACAACAACACCGCCUACUGUAGCAGCUUCCAAGUUGGAACCACCUUCUACGCAACCGAAUGUCCAGACGCCUGAGCCUCCAAAUCCAACGGAGCCGGCAACUGUGGCAACUGUAGCAACUGUGGCUCUCGAUGUGACCGAUCAUGUUAAAGAGGAGCCCGAAACGGAGACGGCAACGGCGAUGGCGAUCGAGGAGGCCGAGGCCGAUGUGGAGCCCGAUGAUGAUGAUGUUGAUCCCCUCGAUGCCUACAUGCAGGAGGUGAACAAGGAGAUGCGUCGCGUCAAUCACUUUGUUAGCCCGGCCAAGGCACAGGGCGUGACCAUCCUAACCGGCGUGGCCAAGAAGAAAACGACAGCGGUGAAGAAGGGCGAGCUAAUUGAACAGAAUAUGGACAGCCUGGAAUACUCCAGCGAGGAUGAGCUAGAUGAUAUACGUGACACGGCCGUCAAUCUGGCCAUGAAGCAUCGCAAAGAGCUUGCUAAAAUCGAUCAUUCCUCCGUGCGCUAUGCCCCAUUCCGGAAGAAUUUCUAUGUGGAGGUUCCCGAACUGGCGCGCAUGACGAACUCCGAUGUGGACAAGUAUCGCACCGAAUUGGAGGGAGUACAGGUGAAGGGCAAGGGCUGUCCCAAGCCCAUUAAGACGUGGGCACAGUGCGGCGUCAGCAAAAAGGAGAUGGACGUGCUGCGCAAGCUGGGCUUCGAGAAACCGACGCCCAUACAGUGUCAGGCCAUACCGGCGAUAAUGUCUGGGCGUGAUCUGAUAGGUAUUGCUAAAACUGGCAGUGGAAAGACGUUGGCAUUUAUUUUACCAAUGUUUAGGCACAUUCUGGACCAGCCGACGCUCGAGGAUGGCGAUGGUGCCAUUGCGAUUAUAAUGGCGCCCACGCGCGAACUGUGCAUGCAGAUUGGCAAGGAUAUACGGAAGUUCAGUCGCUCCCUGGGAUUGCGGCCGGUGUGCGUCUACGGCGGCACUGGCAUCUCCGAGCAGAUUGCCGAACUGAAGCGGGGCGCCGAGAUAAUCGUAUGUACACCCGGACGUAUGAUCGAUAUGCUGGCUGCCAACUCCGGACGUGUUACCAAUUUGCGACGCGUCACAUACGUUGUGCUGGACGAGGCCGAUCGCAUGUUCGACAUGGGAUUUGAGCCUCAGGUGAUGCGCAUCAUCGAUAAUGUGCGUCCGGAUCGACAGACGGUCAUGUUUAGUGCAACAUUUCCACGGCAAAUGGAGGCGCUAGCACGGCGGAUAUUGAAGAAGCCCGUCGAGGUUAUCGUCGGCGGACGAUCGGUGGUGUGCAAGGAUGUGGAACAGAAUGUGGUUAUACUCAAUGAUGAGGCGAAGUUCUUUAAGCUAUUGGAGCUGCUGGGCAUCUACCAGGAGACGGGCAGCAUUAUUGUGUUUGUGGACAAGCAGGAGAAUGCAGACAUAUUGUUGCGUGACCUCAUGAAGGCAUCCUAUCCCUGUAUGAGUCUGCACGGCGGCAUUGAUCAGUUUGAUCGCGAUUCCACCAUCAUUGACUUCAAGUCCGGCAAGGUGCGAUUGCUGAUAGCCACUUCAGUGGCGGCACGUGGCCUCGACGUCAAGGAUCUCAUCCUGGUGGUCAACUACGAUGUGCCCAAUCAUUACGAGGACUAUGUGCACAGAUGCGGACGCACAGGACGUGCUGGAAAUAAAGGUAGUGCCUUUACCUUUCUCACACCGGAGCAGUCGCGUUAUGCAGGUGAUGUGAUAAGAGCCCUGGAACUGUCUGGCACGCCAGUGCCGCCAGAGCUGCAUACAUUGUGGACGGACUAUAAGGCGGCUCAGGAGGCGGAGGGUAAAACGGUUCACACCGGUGGCGGAUUCAGCGGCAAAGGAUUCAAGUUUGAUGAGCAGGAGUUUAAUGCCGUCAAGGAGAGCAAAAAGCUGCAGAAGGCUGCACUUGGGUUGGCCGAUUCCGAUGACGAGGAGGACAUUGAGCAGGACAUUGAUCAGCAGAUUGAGCAAAUCUUUGCCGCCAAGCGUACCGUCAAGGAUACCUCGCUGACCAGCACCAGCACAGGUCUGGCGUCAGCUAAUGCCGUUGGCAAUGCCAUCGGUACAUCUGUGCCGACGCCAUUGGCGGUGACAGCAGCAACAACAGCAGCAACAACAACAACAGCAGCAGCAACAACAACAGCAGCAGCAGCAACAACAACAGCAGCAGCAGUUGGAACUGCCGUUGCCAUGGGCUCUGAUAAGCUGGAGCUGGCCAAGCGAUUGGCAUCGAAGAUCAGCAGUAGCCGGAACCUGGACACAAAGGCCACCCAGGCAGCCGCCGAGUCAAUUAUGAAGGGUCAGGCUGGUGCGGCGCCAACACAACCAAUGUUAACGGCGCGUACAGUGGUCGAACAGCUGGCGGCCAAGCUGAACAACAAGCUCAAUUAUCAGCCCAAGGAGGACGAGGAGAGUCUGGCCGUGCUCAUGGGCACCACCAGCAAUUCGUUUACGAAAUACGAGGAAGAGCUGGAGAUUAACGAUUUUCCACAACAAGCACGCUGGAAGGUUACCUCAAAGGAGGCACUCGCCCAAAUCUCCGAAUAUUCGGAGGCUGGCCUAACAGUACGCGGCACUUAUGUUCCGCAGGGCAAAAAUCCUCCCGAGGGUGAACGUAAACUCUAUCUGGCUAUCGAGAGCUGCAGUGAACUGGCCGUGCAGAAGGCCAAGCGGGAAAUAACGCGACUUAUCAAGGAGGAGCUCCUCAAGCUCAGCUCGGCACAUCAUGUGUUCAACAAGGGUCGCUACAAGGUGGUCUAGAACUGAAGAGACGAGCAAUCAGCAAGCAAAGAAACCGUUCCCUAUUUAAUACUACGAUAUAACGAUCUGAACGAUGGGUGCGUUUGUCCAAGGAUCAAGUAGUAUAGUGGCUCUAUUAUCUUGGCAAAUAAAACAAUUACAAAUGCUGUUGUAUAGCUUAAGUUAUCACUAUCGUUGUCCUUUCUUGCGUGCAGAUUGGUCCUCACAAAUAAACCAACCUGUAACCGAUAAAUUCAAUAAAUACUAUAGGUGAUUGACUUAAUGAAGCAAAUGUUCACAAUGUUCCCUUACAUCAAUACCAAAUGCUUGAUUCUAAAUGUUUGUAAUACAAUCCCGUACCUUCUCUCUAAGCAAUACUUAUCUUUGGUUCACAUACAUUAUAUAUGUAUAUAUACGCAAUAUGCAUACGUAAUUCAGGAACAUACAAUACCAACACUUGUUUCCACCUUUUAGCAAACAAAAAAAUUAUAAUAAUUUUGAUAUUUGAGAAUGA